AUGAUGUGCGGCAUGGCUGCGGAUCGAGAACAAAAACGACAAGAUCAGCGCCGGAAGGAGAUUUCAAUGCGCUUAAUUUCGUUUGCCGAGCAGGCUGAAGCUGCACUGAAAUCUCGAGCGGAGUCUGAAGCUUGGAAGCUGAAAAGCCUUAGAUCGCAGAACUCAUCAAUCGGAGGAGCGUCCAGUCAGGCAUCGUGGGUGUCAACGAGGAAAUCAACAAAACGAUUUCCUCGCUUUGACUUCGGUCGCUUCGGGGCGGAAUCCUUGACGGGCCAUUCUGCGGGCUGUGGGUCUGUGGGACCCACGAAAAGUGCUUCAUUGCCAGCAAUUGCGUGA